AUGUUUACAGUGAUUGAUGCUGCUGGGAAACCGCCUGCCGAUAUACUCGGAGGAGGACUUAUAUGGCUUGGGGAUUAUGAUGAAUGUCUCUCAGUCCAAGCUGCUGCUGUUAGUAUCAACACAACAUCAUACAGUAUCAGUGGACAGUACUGUAUAGCCAGUCUUCCAUUAAAAGGAAUUCAACCAACCAUGUUUUCUCCUGUUCCUUCAGUUAGCGUUGGAUUGUGUUUACCUGAUAGCUGUACAGAUACUGAUGCCAAUAAUUUAAUCAAUUCAGUUAUAAGUUUUGUAUCCAACAGUUCUACAGAAGCAGUUGUCAGUUGUAAACAUCCAAAUAAACCAUAUGAUACCAGAGCAAUAAUUGUGCUUGCAGUCAUAGCCUGUUUUAUUUUGAUAAUGGUUGCUGGAACACUUUACGAUGUUAUAAUAAUUCAGCUACCGAAGUGGCGAAGACAAGCGAUGCUUUCUGAACUCAAUGGUGAUUUGGUUGUCGAAGCCACUGAAAAAGCUCCACUGAUAGGACAGAAUAAACAGAUUAUUGUAGAAGAAACGUCUGAUCCAGGUAUUUCCGGGAAGAUUUUAUUAGCAUUUUCCAUAUACACGAACGGAGCUAAAAUUCUGAAUACCAAUCAAAGUGCUGGAUCAUUGACAGCGAUAAAUGGUAUACGAUUUCUGUCAAUGUCAUGGGUUAUUCUUGGUCACAGCUACAUUUUCGGGCUUUCGUUAGAUGAUAAUGCGCUUACUUUCCUUCCUCGCAUGCUGAGCAGGAUAUCUUUCAUGACUAUUGCUAAUGCCUUCGUCUCUGUGGAUACCUUUUUCACUCUCAGUGGAAUUUUGUUGACAUAUUUGAUAAUGAAAGAGUUGAAGAAAAAUGACGGAAAGAUGAACUGGGGAAUGUUUUAUUUCCAUCGAUUUUGGAGACUGACACCACCCUAUAUGUUAGUAUUGAUGGUAUAUCUUGCACUAUUUCCAUAUAUCGGAAGUGGUCCUGUAUGGCCUGAGAAUGGUGUCGAGCCUAAUUAUUGUAAACACGGCUGGUAUUUUAAUCUGUUGUAUAUCAACAAUUUUGUUGAUGAUCCAGACAAAUCGUGUUUCGGGUGGGCUUGGUAUUUAGCUAAUGACAUGCAGUUCUUCGUUAUCAGUCCCUUAAUAAUUCUACCAUUGUUUUACUUCCAUAUUACUGGUUUAGUCGUAAUUUUGGCUUUUCUAUUGGGUACAUGGACUGCCACUGGUAUAAUGGCCACACAAUGGAAUAUACCUUUAUCGAUAUUUGACGGAGGACUUAACUUCAUGAAGCUUUACGUCCGCCCAUACUUCAGAAUGGGUCCGUUUUUAGUUGGAAUGUAUACUGGUUAUUUACUUUAUAGAACUAACUUCAAACAUCGAAUGUCUAAAGUAGCAGCUUUCUUUGGAUGGUUAGUUGCAGCCGUAGUAGCAUGUAUUGUAUUAUAUGGACAAUAUGACGAUCUUAAUGGUAACCAUGUAUCUCAAGAGGUAUCCUCUCUGUAUAACACAGUACAUAGAACAUUAUGGGGAGCAUGUGUAUGUUGGGUUGUAUUCGCAUGUGCAAACGGUUAUGGAGGUUAUAUAAACACAGUUUUGUCAUGGAAAGGCUUUAUACCAUUAAGUCGAUUAACCUAUUGUACUUACCUGGUACAUCCUAUUGUUAUCUAUUAUAACCAAUUCACCAAACAACGAUUGAUGCAUCUAACAGAUAGUGAUGUCAUAUAUCAAUUCCUUGGAAAUUUAGUAAUAUCGAUGAUGAUAGCAUUUGUAGCGAGUUUAGCAUUUGAAUCGCCAAUGAUGGGACUUGAGAAGGUUAUUUUUAAAAAACAAGAAAAGAAACGAUGAUAAUCAAUAUAAAUGAAAUGUGUAAUCAGGAUAGUCAGUUUUAUUGUUUUAUUGACGAAAUGUAAUAUUUCGUCGGUGUAACUGCUGCAGAUCUGAUGGGACAUACCUCCCCUGUUACAGUCAUGUCAUUAUUACAUUGUAUACAUUUUAUGGAAAUAUUAAUAUUAUAUUAAUGUUAGGGUAAAGUAAAAUUGUAUCACCAAUUAUAAUUUUGACCUUCAAUGAAGUUUCAAACGUUAUAAAUGAAAAUAGAAAUCGAGAUGUUUUAAUGUUAUUAAAGUUUAGUGUUUCA